CUAUGUGGAAUUACGCCACUAAUAUUUCUCAGUGAGAGGAGAAAAACGAAGUAAUGGGAAAAAGCGGGAGGAAGUCGAAGGUCUCUCAAAGGCAACGUCGCAUUCUUCAUGGAGUCGGUGACGACGCGUUACCUUCUUCUGCUUAUGAUAUUCCUGAGGACCAGGAAGUACGCGGCCGCCGUGCAGAUGGAGAGGGGGAAGAGGAAGAUGGGAGCGCAACUGGAGAUGCGGAUUUGGUAGAAAAUGAGACGUCAAUGGGCGCUUUGCUGAAGUUCGAUCUCUACCAGCAAUCUGUUCAGUCACCCAAGGGAGAUAUAAGCUACUUGCAGAAGUUCUUUCUGAUGUAUGUGGGAGGAAGACGACCGCUACACUUGCAAGAAGAUUUCUGUGGCACCGCCCUUCUCUGGGAGAGCAUCAGCAUGCAGUUUAUGCUGGCAAGUAUCAUUGUAGAAAUUCUUCAGAGUUGAUUUAACAGUAUCAGCAUCUUUCAAGGGGUAAA